UCUUUCAUUGAUUGUGUUUAGGGUUUCUUCUUUGAUUUUGAUAAUCUGGCUACUGUCAAAACAAUGGAUGAUAAAGUUAAAAAGAGAGAUUUAAUUUGUGAACUUCCAGAUGAGUUGCUGUUGAAGAUACUGUCUUCGCUUCCUAGUAAAGAUGCUGUAGCCACGAGUGUCUUGUCGAAACGGUGGCAAUCUCUUUGGAAGGAGAUGAAGACAUUCAGAUAUGAUGAGGAACUUCGAUGUGGUAAUGCUAGAAUUGCUUCUAAGCUUACGCUAUUUAUAAGUAGAAGAUCAAGAGUAGAGAUCUUGCAGCUCAAGCUGACCCCAUGUUAUGAAAAAACAAUCAUCAAACGUUUGGUUAACAAUGCAGUUGCUCGCUCUUUGAGAGAGCUGAGAAUUGAGAUGGUUUACGAUUCAUUCGAGUUGCCUGAAAGCUUGUUUUCCUGUCCACAACUUGAAACCCUAAUACUCCAGAAACUAAGCCUCGUGGAUGUUCCACCUAAUGCUGAUUUGUCCAGCCUCAAACAUCUCCACCUUUUAUCAGUUAGGUUUUCAUACGACGAAUCUGUGAAAACGCUUCUAAGCAUAUGUCCACGUCUUGAAGAAUUGGUUGUGAGACGAAGCUCCUAUACAAAUGUGAAGAUAUUUGCCAUCAAUGUCCCUACGCUGAGGAGUUUGUCUGUCGAUAAUUCGUCUGGGAAAUCUAGGCCUAAAGGUGUCCACGGGUUUGAGAUUAAUGCACCUUCUUUGAGGUGUUUUAGCAUUAGGGAUAGCUUCAGCAACUAUUUACGGUUUAGAAAUAUGCCAAAGCUGGUCAAGUCUACUGUCAACGUUGUUUGUGACAUUAUGAUAUGA